GCAGAGCGACACGGGCGGCACGCAGUCCGCCACUCGCGAUAACUUGCGUUGGAGCAGCUGCAGCAAGGGCGGAAAAGGCGGGAGGAGCUUGCCGCUUCCGCGUCCGCGCAACAGUAGCAGAAACAGAAAAUACAAGGGCAAAAUGGAAGAUAAGUUAAUUUUAGCUGUAUUUAAUUACCCGGAACUGUACAAUGUUACUUUACCGAAUUACCGUUGUACGGAAAGUCGUAUAAACGCUUGGAGAAAUAUCAGUAUGGCACUUGGUUACCCAUCCCAUGAAUGCAAAAGGAAAUGGAAGAACCUAAGAGACCGCUACCUGAAGGAAGUCCGGAUGGAGCUCAAAGGCAAAAAGCAGGGAGAGUUUGUACAAAGCAAAUGGAAGUACAGACAGCUGAUGAACUUCAUCGCCCCCUUCACUGGAUCCAGAGUGGGAGUGACGGACAUCUGUGGCAACAGUGACAACAACCCUGACCACGAAUCCGUGAGUGCUGAGGGAGAUGCCACUUUGUCAGAGUCGACCAAGACUUCUAUUAAGGUUUCUACGAGUCCGUCCGAGCAAAAAGCUCCGCUGGCCUUCGUAACGCAGCUUCCCGCGUUGUCUCAGGACACAGAGCUGACUCAGCUGGCCAUGGUGGCCAAGAUGCCACCCGUCUCCCAGAUAACCCCCACCAGUACCACUGGACGGAAACGGACUUUGUUGCCGGAGACUCCUCAAAGUACAGACUUGUCAAAUAAGUGGCCGGUGAAGGAAGGCGGCGGGCCAUGCCCCGCCAAGAUGCGGCAGGACGAGGACGAGCUGUUUCUGCUGAGCUUCGUUCCAGCUCUGAAGAGACUGGCCCCACAGAAAAGGUGCGAGACUAAAAUGAAGAUCCAGCAGCUAAUGUACGAAGCAGAAUUUAACGUGCAGGAAAAGAAGGCGCCGCAAGACACAUAGAAUCGAUCAAAAUGUAACUUAUUUUUCUUUCCACGUUGCAUGGCCUUCAUAAAUCUUUUCAAAAGGUCUUUAAUUUUAAAUAAAGUGUCGCUUUUAAAUGUGUGUUUAUUUGAUGG